CAGUUAAGCGCGUGCGAACGUCCGAACGGGAACACGUAACAGUGAACUAAGGACCAAACAUAUGAAAAGUGUUGUCAAAAAAUAUGAAAACGAUUGUUUCGUGGAGUGAACGAGGUUAUCUGGUUUCGGUAUUUUUCGAAGUACUAAAAAGAAUCGAAGGUUUAUAGCUCAUACAGUUAAGUGAAAGUGCAAGAAGGGUAUAUGAUCGAACGUUUCAUCACGAUCGAUAACGCACAGUGAACAGUUUUUAUAUAUUCUUGUCAUAUCGAUACCGUACCUCAAGAAUUUGAAUUGUACGUGUUUCUUGAAGUUCAUAUACAAAAUUAUAGUUAAACAAUGCAACGGUGAAAAGAAUCUAGUGAAUGUGUUACAAAAUGACAUGCGAGAAAUACGUCUCGAAGUGAAUCAAAAUCGAUCGGGACGCGAUUAUUCAUAAUCGAUGGCGGUGCAAACGGACCAAUCGAGUUCCACUACAUUAGUGAUCUGGGGUGAUAGCGAGAAAUCCGUCAACACCAGAACCCGAGCCGGCAGCACCGAUCACCGCACCUGAGGCCCACAAUCGGCAGAAAAAGCAUUUCUUCCCACAAGCCCCCUUCUCCCGAGGGAGCUGCACCCCGGAACACCGAGCCUCGAAUGAGUUGAUCCGCGAGACCUGCGUUUCCGGUAGCGCGGCUUCGAAGAGAGCAGACUGAACGCUUACCAUUCCGUCAAACAUGACAUAAACCGAAGAAUCUCAUCCUCCUAAGCACACAGAGAUCACCGUUGGAAGAGUAACCCGUUGAAUCGGAAGGGAACAAUCGGCGAAUUUCGACGCGGAGAACAGAGUAUUUUUAUCGACGUGAGGUGUAUACCAUCGGAUUCUUCGAAUUCAACGCUCGCAGGGUUGAUUCGACUGAUUCGCGAGGACAGGACAGCUCCGAGAAUCUGCCCGCGGCGCGAAAUAAUUAUCGCCGUCGUGACGGAUCCGUCGAGCGAAAGGAACCACUUGAUCGGCGUAUACCCAAGCGAGCGGACCACGGGGACCAGAAGACGUAAACGAAGAAGGAUCCGAGGCAUCAAGGAAAAAUGGCGUAUGACGACGUUAUCCUGCGGAUGGGCGAGUUUGGCCGGUACCAGCGCAGAAUCUACCUUCUGCUCUGUCUUCCGGCGAUAUCCUGCGCGUUUCACAAGAUCGCCGGCGUCUUCCUCAGCGCGAAGAUGAGCACCAGAUGCGUAUUGCCGCAUGAGAACGUGGACAACGCCACGUAUUUUUUACCCCGAAAUGUGAUAAACACGAGCUACCCAUGGGACGACGAGCUGAAAGAAUGGUCGCAGUGUUACAGACACGACGUUCCUAGCUUUUUUAAUGAAACUACAAUCGACAGGUAUGUCGACACGUCGACGAACGACGCUCCAAUUCAGAAACCCUUCUCCCCGAAUGGUCUCAACACUCAGGGCCUGAAGAGAUGCGAGGGAUAUGUGUACGACAGAAGCAAAUAUAAAAGUACCACCACUUCUGAGUGGAACUUAGUUUGCGACAGGGCAUGGUUGAAAGCUACGGGGGAUUCUUUGUUCAUGGUAGGAGUCAUGCUUGGCUCGAUGAUUUUCGGUGGUUUGUCCGAUAAAUAUGGGCGUAGACCAAUUUUCUUCCUGUCUUUAGUCAUACAGCUGGUCGGCGGUGUACUAGUCGCGGUUGCACCCGAGUUUAUAUCCUACGUUAUCUUCAGGUUAAUAGUCGGCUCGACUACCAGUGGGGUCUUUCUAGUCGCCUAUGUCAUUGCCCUGGAAAUGGUGGGUCCGAGGAAGCGUUUGGUAGCCGGAGUUGGUUGUCAACUGUUCUUCACGACUGGAUACAUACUCACCGCUGGAUUUGCAUACUUUAUAACCGACUGGAGAAUGCUACAAAUGGCCAUCACCGUGCCAAGUAUCGCGUUCCUUCUUUAUUGGUGGUUUAUCCCUGAAUCUGCGCGUUGGCUGUUAACCAAAGGUCGUGUGCAGGAAGCAAAAGAUCUUCUUCAACGAGCCUCCUUAGAAAACGGCGUGGAAAUGCCAAGCGAGGCACUGGACACACUUCUCAACAGCUAUGAAGACAGCGCUCCAGAUUACAAGAAACCGUCGCUGUUCGAUCUUUUCCGAUAUCCAAAUUUGAGGCGGAAGAGCAUUUUACUGUUUUUCAAUUGGCUUGUAAAUAGCGGUACCUACUAUGGGCUCUCCUGGCAUGUGGCCAACCUCCGUGGCAACGACUAUGUUAAUUUCCUCAUUUCUGGGUUAGUGGAAAUACCUGCGUACACGUUUCUAAUUUUCACCCUAAAUCGUUGGGGUAGAAAGAUUAUCUUAUGCGGCUGCAUGCUAACAUCCGGAGUGGCGCUACUCGCAAUCUUGUUCGUACCUGCUGAUUCCCAAUGGCUCAUCGUGUGUCUCGCCAUGAUCGGAAAACUCACCAUCACGUCCUCCUACGGUGCUAUUUAUGUUUUUACUGCCGAACAGUUUCCCACGGUCAUUCGGAACGUCGGUCUCGGAGCCAGUUCAACUUUCGCUCGAAUCGGUGGUGUAAUUGCUCCAUAUGUCAUUCACCUGUCUGAAAUUUGGAUGCCUCUUCCAUUCGUUAUUUUUGGGUCGUGCGUACUAACCGGUGGCGUUAUGUCAUUGCUCCUUCCGGAGACACUGAACAGGAAACUUCCAGAAUCUAUACAGGACGGCGAAUUGUUUGGAAAAAAACCUUCGAAAAAGGAGAAGACUAAGCACCUAGACAUAGAGCAGCUGAACGAAGUGGACGUGAUAAAACCACUGAAGCCGCAAGAAAAUGGCGUACACGAGAAGCAGAACGGAUGACAGUGAUCUCCAAGGCGAACAUCGGUUAUGCUCAAAACAUGUAUUUGAAUUCCGCCUGUUCUAGACAGCCUUCUGUGUACACGUGUCCCGCACAUAAUGAAUCUUAGCGUGUCCACCGCAAAAUUUCACCAACAAAUCUCAUUCGACCUCACAAGCUGCAUGAUCAAUCAAAUAUAGGCCGUCGCUGACCGAGAACGAAACACAGGAACACACGAAUCAAGGGACUACUGGUAUCCUCAUUGAAAGUUUCAGCUUCAGACGAUUGAAAGUGAGAAGGUAGCGUUUACCUUCUGUAUGUACGUACAUAUAAUAUCUGUAAUCGAUAGCACACGAAAAGGAAAACGAAUCUGCCAAGAAACAUAUCAUUUACUCUAAUUUCUGAAUGUUGUUGUGGUAAGUGCCCUUGAAAUGUAAACUUGUAAAAGCUUGUCGGAACGUUCGGGCGGAAAAUGAACAUUUCCGUGCGACUAAUGCGGAUAAAAAAUACAAAGACUUUGACAUUUUA